AGCUAGUUGAUGACACUUUUCCUCUCGCACAAACACCACCACAACCAUAUUCACUUCGUCACUGUCACCGUCCUGUCACAUUCGCGACACAUAAAUGCACAUACGCACAUACACACACACACACAUAUAUGUGUGAUGAGACUACUUGUAGUGCACUGAAGCUUCGACUCUCGGGGUUCCAUCUUCCUUCCUCCCGUACCCAAGCUUCGCGUCUGGACAGCUCCACGGAUCCACCGCCAACACUCGAGAACCCACCACACUCAAGCUCCCGCAGUCGCGUCUGCAACAUAGCUAGCUGCACAGCCCAGCUCGAGAACAAGGAGCAACAACCCUGAAUCUGGUCUGGCUGCUCAAUUGCCGGCACCAAGGGGGAAAACGAAGGGGAAGGUCAGGAACUGGACAAGGGGCACGCACACACACACACACACACACACCUAAGCGUUUACCUUAGUAUUCUGCGGCUGUCCCAUCCCAUCUCAUUCCAUCCCGUCCCGCCACUCCCUUCACCUGUCCACUUCUCUGUUUCAAACUGCUGUGCCGCGUUGCGCUGCGCUGUCCUCCUCUUCUUCCUGUGCAUCUGGAGCUUUGCCAGAUACGCAGCCAACAUCGACGUCAACGGUAAGAUGUGAGACGUUCGACUCUCGGAUCCUCCUCUCUUCCCCCCACCCCUCCGUUGCAAACCUGUGAACCUUGAUUUCUUUCUCGCCUAUCUCUGGGUUUCUCUUCUUAGCCCCAGCGCCGCGCCGCACACAUCCGUGUCCCUCUCAAAGUAGAGAAGCAUGCCGGGCCCAUGGCGCCAACUACGCUCCUUCGUCUUCCUCAACGAUGAAGAGAUGGGCAAGAAGGACGACGACCAUCACCGCCCCGGCGGCAGCGCCAUCAAGAACCCCAUGCUGCUUCGAAACCGCAACCCUCAAUGGCAGUCCGCCACCAAGAUGCCAUCUCGCCGCCUCUUCCGACGUCUGGCCUACCUCUUCCUCAUAGCCUGCGGCCUCUGGUAUCUGCUGAGCGACCUCUCCCUUGGCUUCGUCUUCCGCGAAAGACCUCCGAACUACAUCUACCCGUACCCCGACGACCCCCGAGAAUCCCGCGAUGCCACCCUCCGAAAGACCGGCCGCCUACCCAAAGGCCAGUCUGUCCCGCCGGCCGCCGAGCAACAACAACAACAACAACAUCACGACUACAACGGUCCCGUCAAGUUCCUCCGCCUCGCGACCUCUCUGCACUCCAUCGCCGCGACCAAGGGGAGCCAGCCCGUCAACCAGAACGUGCUCUUCGCCGCCUCCAACCUGCAUAGCCUUUCUACUCUGCUGCCGUUCGCCUGCAAGAUGGGGACCGAACUGAGGAGUUAUGUGCAUUUUGCCGUCAUGAGCAGGAGUGACUUGGACCUUGACCACCUGAAGAAGAUCAAUGGCGUCGACGAUACCUGCUACAUCAUCUGGCACGACGCCCGCCCCGACUUCUCGACCCUCUCGACCAAUGCACGACUCGAGCAGUCCACUCUACGCGCCCUGCGACACAUCUAUACCUACAUGCACCCGCAAGCCAUCGUAGUUGACGGCUCCGACGACGAGUGUCUGCCCUUCUUGAAGGGCAUGCGAGAUGAGACCGCUCGCCUCAGGACCCCGCUCAUCGAGCUCCCGGCGAACGCCUGGACACGCCUGUCGUGGCUGGCCAAGCUGGACAGCGCUUCGCUGGCGGCCUGGAAUCACGUCAGCGUCGAUAUCCUGAUCCAAGCUCCCGCGAGCGGCUCCGGCAGUCUGCUACGCCUCCUUAAGUCCCUGGCCGACGCCGACUACACCGCCUUCACGAUUCCCCACCUCACAAUCGAGCUCCCGCAGGACAUCGAGCCCGCGACGGCCAGGUUCCUUGAGACGUUCCAAUGGCCGCCGCCACACGUCCACAACCCCGGGCGCGUGCAGAUGCUUUCGCUGAGGCAUAGGAUCCCCCGACAGCGGAUGACGGAGGAAGAGAGCUCCAUCCGCUUCCUCGAGUCGUUCUGGCCAACGACGCCAAGGCACUCCCAUAUCGUUGUUCUUUCUCCGCAGGCCGAGCUAGCGCCGGGCUUUUUUCAUUACCUCAAGUACACCAUGUUGGAGUACCGCUAUUCUCGCCUGUCGACCCUCCAGAGAUGGGAUCAGCGUCUCCUGGGCAUCAGCAUGGCGACGCCUUCCACGUACCUAAACGGCAAUGUAGAUUUCAUACAGCCGACUGCAGAGGGUUCCAAGGCCGGUGAAGGGACAUCCUUCUUAUGGCAAGCGCCCAACAGCAACGCCAUGCUCAUCUUCGGCGACAGAUGGAUCGAGUUGCACGGCCUCGUGUCGGAAGUCGACGCGCUGCAGCAUGCACGUGGUUCCCAGCCACCACCGGAACUGUUGACCGAGAAGGUCGUGAGCAAGAGGUUCCCCUCCUGGCUUGAGCACGUGUUGCGCCUCUCUCGGCUGCGGGGCUACUUCACGCUGUACCCCAGCGCCGAGACAGCGGCUACCCUCGCGACGGUGCAUCGCGAGCUUUACCAGGCGCCCGAGGAAUAUCAAAAGGAAGGGGGCGAGAGCAGGAAGACGGCCGGCCUGUCAGAGUCGGCAGUCGACUUCGGGACGCUCAUCCAGACUCUGGACACGUUGCCGAAUAACGGCAGCCUUGUGCCGGCCAACGACCUUCCCUUGCUCAGCUGGGAGGGCGACGGCACCAGUCUGCGGUACGUGUACCAGAUGGCGGUGGAGUACAUGUUUCGGUGGCGCGAGCAGGUCGGCGGCUGCAGCAAGGAAGCGGCGGGGAGCGAUCACAUCGACGGGUCUGCGAAAGACCUGUUUUGCACGCCUGAUGGCAAAAUCAAGGGGCUGUAAGACGCACAAGGUCCGGAACGCACAAACUUCAGCCCGUGGCAGGGUUGGAAAAAAGAAGACCGCACGGUGCCGAUUGUAUUCUACG